UUGGCUCUGCGUCCUUAAUUCACUGCCGGUAUGCACUUCUCCAUCAAUGUUCCCGCGAAAUGCCAUCGCAAAUUACUAAUUGUUUUCAAAGGGUUAAAUUGAAGUGAAAUUCAUGUUUUAUAAACAAAGUGAGUGUUCUUUAAAAGUGCAAAGUGCUCAAUAAACUCAGUAAUUAUUACAAAAUUGAGUGCUUUCAUUAAAGAAACGACGCAACUUGUUGGCGUAGACAGUUUGCUUGAACAACAAUUGCUUUGGAAUAUUAUUCCACUUUUAUUUAUUAACAAUCUAGAAUUAAUAAGAGUGUGAAAGAAAUUUUAACUAGUGUCCAUAAUUAUUUAGUUUCUCGGCAAUAAUUAGCAAUUGUUUAAAACAAAUUUGUGCUGUUUUAUUGUGAUAAUUUGUGAAAUAAUCUAAGCGUCUCCUUGGGGAUGCUGUGAAGAUUUUGUGUUGCAAUUGUGCAGGGAAAAUUUGUGUUUUUUCAAGAGAAUUUCUUGAAAAUUCGGACAGAUAUAGUUUGUGAAUAAGUGAAAAUUAGAUUUUUGGCAUUUUUGAAAAUUAUUAAUUUUUUUUUUUUGAGGUUAUGUGAAUAGAGGGCGUGACCGUACAACACUACAAGCAGGGGUUGGUCGUUGUUUCGCGCGCUGGACUCCCGCGCUUUACUAGUUAAUAUCUCAAUUUUUUAAUAAAAUUUCUUAGUUUUAGUGAAUUUUAUAUUGUUGACGAUAUUCCGAAAAAUACGGGAACAAUUAUUUUCAUUUGUAUCGAACAAAUGAUUAGAAUUGAGAUAUAAAAUACCGAGGCAAAGCCGAGCCCUUCAUCAUACAUUAUGGCGAUCGAGUGCACGUAAUCUAUGGGCGCUCCCUUGCUUUUUUGACUUUUAAGUGUGCAAAUUCUAUUCGGAUUUCAUUCAGAGUGGAACUGUGGUGUGUGGAAAAAAUUCAAGUCUCACGUGAAAAAAGUUGGAAAUCUGCAGGAAUAUUACUUUUUGGAUUAGACAGCUUGGAAGAUGAGUACCAAGAUGCCACAAACCAGCUUGCAAGAGAAGCAGACGAAAAUCUAUUCAAAAGGAUCAAAUCAAACUCUAAAGAGAAAACGACGCACAACGGAAUUAUCGGAAGAUUCGGAAAAUAUUUAUCCGCCAAAUAAAGUUCCGGCCUUAUCUCAAGUACCAUGCUCGGAAGUAUGUAAUAAUUCAACUGGCGUCACGGAUAGUACGUACCUGCCCCAUCAGCAAUCAUCGCCACUAAAGGAACAACAGGAGCCAGUGAGCUGGUCGGAAUUAAGGAGUUCAACAUGUUUUUUAACGCCCUCGGCAUCGGGAAGUGGAUCUGGCAAAUCGAAUCCAUUACCAUCACUACCAUGGGCCGAUGGCUCACAAGUUUGGUCAAUUAUGUGUUUGGGCGAUCAAAAAACAUUAUCGCAAAGGGAUCCCGAUAUGUUUCAACGACAUCCCACACUGCAACCACGAAUGAGAGCAAUUUUAUUAGAUUGGCUUAUAGAAGUCUGCGAGGUCUAUAAACUCCACAGAGAGACGUAUUAUCUUGCUAUGGACUAUAUUGACAGGUACCUCUCGACACAUCAAAAUAUUCCAAAAAGUCAAUUGCAAUUGAUUGGCAUCACCUGUUUGUUUAUAGCUUCUAAGGUCGAAGAAAUAUAUCCACCGAAAAUUUCCGAAUUCGCUUACGUCACGGACGGUGCGUGCACUGAGGAAGAAAUUCUCGGCAAGGAAUUAAUAGUGCUCAAGGGACUUGGAUGGAAUUUAUCGCCAAUAACACCGCCCGGAUGGUUAAAUAUUUAUAUGCAAGUUGAAUCGGGCGAUAUGUCAAGACCAAUUGCCUUUAUUUAUCCACAAUAUGGUGGCUUACAAUAUUCACAAGCGGCACAAUUAUUGGAUUUGGCGACACUUGACGAAGGUAGUUUAAAAUUUUCAUAUAGUCAUUUGGCAGCCGCUGCAAUAUAUCAUACAAAGAGUCGUGAGGCUGCACUUAGAACAUCGUGUAUUAGUUGGGAGCAACUUGCGCCUUGUGUACGUUGGCUGACACCAUUUGCCAAUACAGUUAUUGAGGAGGGUGAAAAUCUUCUUCGAUCGGCAGCGCCAACAACUGAGACAAAUGCCGGUUCUGGAUUGCGUGCCUCAGUUCCAAAUAUUGUUCUCGAUGAAUCACAUCGAAUACAGACACACGUUGUCGAUUUGACAAUGCUCGAAAAUGCCCAACGACGAUUGGCGAAAGAUGUUUUAUCGCUCGAUUGUCUUGAGACGGAGAUCAAUAUUGAUUCAAAUAGUCCUGAUAAUCAGAAUGGUUUGUUAACACCGCCAUCCAGUAGUCAAAAAAAUUCGCCCACUCCUCCUCGUCUUCCGCCUCAAUUACAUCCAUAUACAUAGAGCUUAUUUUUUUUUCGUAUUUUCUUUAGCGAUUUUCAUCUAUAUCACAAGGUUUAAGAAACAGAUCUACCGGCAGGAUAUUUUUUUUUGUAAAACUAUGUAGAUCUGAAAAUGCGCUUUCUACAUAUUUUCUUUUUUGUUAGUUAUUUAGUUAUUUCGUGUUUUUGUAUCUGAAUAAACUGUUU